CUUUCACUAACUCGCUUCCCUAUCGAGAUUUGCUUACCACAAAAAGAUAAGCAGCAGUCAGCCACAUGCUUGAAUCCAUGGACCAGAUCGCGGAAGAUGGGAAGCCUUUUCAAUAAUUUGGGUCUAGUAGCCAAGAGCGCCGACUUGGCUGAACUUUGCUGCUGCUCCUCGUCGCCAUUUAUAUACAGGCCUCCCUUUCCCUUUGCGAGGAAGAUGACAUUCUGUCUUGCGCCUCAGCCCUACGUGCACGAUUCCUACCCGUUCUGUAAUCAAAGACUCCCUUUCUCGUACAGAUAGCGCCAUCUCUCGCAUGUCAUAGUCAGUCAAUUGUCUUGUUCACAAUGAAGCCAUUUGGGCGAUAACCUCGGUCAAUAACCACCAAGAUGUUUGCACCCCGCCGUGUCGGAUUUGCCUUAAUUGGCGCUGUGGUGUUCAUUCUGUACGGACUGUGGUUCACUUCAAAAGGAGAUCCUCUAGGCCCCCCGGCGCCAAUUGACUCGAAACAAACAUUUUCCACAGAGCCGAUACCAGACCAGCAAUUUUCCCCGAACAUCACAGAUGCACUCCCGCUGGAGGAAUGGGAGAUUGAGGGACACGAUGAUCUAUCGCCUCUUUGUCGGCAAACCGAAUGGACGGAGGGCCUCUGGCUUCACUGCCACAGCUAUUGCGGGCCGAACAAGACAUCUGUCUGCGGAGGACUCAACAAUGCGCGGAAUCGGAUCCAGACUUGUCUACGACUGGCGAUAGACGCAGGUGCGGGUCUUAUCCUUCCUUCGGCGACAGAGAGAGAUGAGGGGCAUUUGGUGGAGACGAAUGGCGCUGGACGGGUGUGUCCAGAAGUGUAUUGGAAUAUCGAUUAUCUGCAGACGUCGUUGCGGGAGCAGUGUCCUCAGCUGAAGUUGCGGAUGUGUGAUGAUCGGAGUGGGAUUAAGCAUGUUGUUGAGAUGCCGGAAAGGCAUUAUUUGCAUGCAGCACAUUCGAAUGGGACGUUUCGACAAUUUGUUCAGGAAACGUUCGAUCAGGGACCGCUCAAUUUGACGGAUGUUAGUGCCAAGAAUCCUGCGGUGGUAAAUUUUGGGGACUCGUUUAUUGGGUGGGAUUACAAGAAAUCUGGAGAGCUUAUGACUUUGCGAAAAGCACUGUUCAAAGUGAUCAAGUUCAAUCAAAGCCUACUGGAUAUGAGCGCCAAGAUAGGUCACCAUCCAAAGUUGAACGAUGGUAAAUAUAUUGGAGUGCAUCUUCGUGGAGAGGAUGACUGGCCUGAUGGAUUUGGAACAGCCGCGGACCAGAUACGGUUUUACACUGCGGAGAUCCAGCGCAUACAGAAGUCAGUGUCAUACAAUAUAACGACUGUAUAUGUCAGCUGCGGCGACGAAGGCGCCAUCCAGCGAUUCAGGAAUAUCCUGAAGCCACUGGGCUUCACAGUAGAAUCAAAAUCCACCCUACUAGCCUCCUCAAACGGGACACUCGCUCAAGUCGAAUCGCUACCAUUCGACCAGAAAGCAAUCGUUGAGUAUCAGACUCUUGUCGAUGCUCGGUUCUGGAUGGGACUCAUCAUGUCUUCGAUGUCAUCUCUCAUCGCCUAUGCAAGGUCGAUCGAUAAUGAAGAGGAUUUCUUCUCGGCAUAUGUAUUUCCGGGUAGUACUCGGAAUGGGGCUGAGAGGGCGUAUCCGGCUGUUCCUGAUAUGAGGGGGAAUGGGAAUACUAAGUUGAUGGUGGUAAAUGGGGUUGAUAUCAUGGAUUCGUUUCCGUGAUGUGGAUGCAUUUCCACUCGUGUAUAUUUGUGAUGUUGCAUGGUGUUUAGGAGUUCUGUGUCUGGAUGAAGUAGAUAUUUAGACAGCCUAUCUAGAUAUGUAAAAUGCAAAUUCCAUUGUAGAUAAUAUUUUGCCAGCUUAAAACUUAUGAUCCUCAUCUGUACGCUUCAUCAUAUUUGAG